AUGGAAAACCGUUCAUUGUUUUGUUUGAUGUAUUGUGUAAGCUUUUCUUUGACUUUCUGCAAAAAUAUCACUGGACCAGGAGUAUGUAUGCCACCGAACAGCUCAAUCAUCACAUGUUGUUUUGGAUAUAUUCUAAAAGAAAACAUGUGUUUAGAGUGUGACCCAGGCACCAAUGGAGAAAACUGUUCCAUGACCUGUCCGCCUGGAUAUUAUGGACUUUUUUGCAGUAAACCAUGCCUUUGUUCCUCUGAAAUGUUUUGUGAUCCUAUAAGGGGUUGCCUUUGUAACCAAAACAGUGUUAACUGUACAGAUCAAGAUCAGAAAUUGACAACGGAAUAUGCCGAGAAUUCAACAGUUUAUAAGUCAAAUCAUAAAUCACCAUUCAUUGACGAAAACAUCCUCCCCUCGUUGGUAUUUGCUAUCACUGUAUUGCUCAUCAGUAUUAUAUGUAUCAGAUUGCUGUAUUCAAAGAUAAUGAAAAGAAAAGAUAUACAAUCCGCGCAGAACAUGCAGACAGACAACCCGGCACCUUGUCUAGGGUUAAACCCGGAUGCCCUUCCUCAGCAAACCAUAAAAAGUGUAAAUAUAAACUGCCAUCUACAGAAUACCACCAAGCAAAGAGUUGAUGAAGAGAUGGAUAACAUUAGUUGUAAAGCAAUUCAGAACCAAUCGUCAGAUCGACAAACAGACAAAACCACACAUCCGUGUAAAACAACCAAUAACCAUUCUGUAAACACAAAACAAGGGAAACGGAAAAAUGGCGGUAAAACUGUGAUGUUAAAGUUUCCUGACUCACAAUCUGAUUCAGUUUCUCGCAAAAGAAAAAUGCAAGUAAAAUAUUCAAUAACCCAAGAACCGUCUUCCGAUAAAGAACUAUAUGCGAAUCAAGCUGAUUUGACUCAUACAAACAAAUCUUAUACACCAGACAGUCAAAUGGACAAAUAGGACUCUGAGGUUAUGUAGUAUAUGUAACAUAUGACAACAUUCCAGCAUUGUAAAAUUCUAGUGUGUCUGACAAAACAAAGCAGAGGGAUUAAAAUGAUGUUAAAACAAUUCAUAAAGUACUGAAAGCAGGGCUCUUUUGGUGUGUCUUUACGCAUAUUGUGUAGUGAAGACUGAAAAUAUCUCUCUUUCAUACGCAUUAUAUGUGUCCAAAAUGCAUAGUCUUGUUUUUAAAAUAUGUUAUUAAUAAGAGAACUAAAAAUAGAUAGAGAAUUCUCUCGAAAUUAAAAAGACACAAAAUGCCAACACUUUUGA